AUGGCGAUAGGACUUAACAUGGCCUGUCUCAACAAGCUCACUUGCUUCUGCGUGCUCGCUGUCACGGUCUUCGAGAUCGUCUCCAACCUGGUCUCCUCGGACCAGUCCUUCUCCGACCUCCUCGUCACGAGGAUGCUCAGCGAGUACGAGCAGAAGCUCAAGGGCGCCCCACGGUGCAACUCGACCCGCGAGUACGCUGUCUUCACCAUCAUAUCCAGCACAGAUCCGGACUACCCGAGAGGAGCGACCACGCUGAGGAAGAGCAUCACCUUGUUCGGGAAGCUUGACAGCUGCCGCGUCGAGACCAUCUCGCUGGUGAUCGACGAGGUAGCGAGAGAGCCCUCGUUCCAGGCAGACCUGCAGAGGAUGAAGGAGGUGGGAUGGAAGCUCGUGCUGGUACCCGAGAUCAAGAUGCCGGAGAGCAUGAUAGCCAAGGUCGACUCUCCUCGCUUCAUCCCUCUCUUCACGAAGCUGCACGUGUUCAACGCGACGCAGUACAAGGCGGUGUUGUUCCUGGACUCAGACAUGUCGGUGCUGGGAGACAUGAUGCCGCUCUUCGACCGCUAUGUACCCGAGCUCAAGGCCAGGAAGCUCAACCUGGGGUGGGUGCAUGACCAGCCCUACAGCGUGUUCAAAGGAUCGUCGGCGAACGCGGGGAUGAUGCUGGUGAUUCCGGACAGGCGGCUGUUUGUCGACCUCAUCGCAAGCAUCACCACGCUGGAGUUUGAUGCCAAGAUGUCGGAGCAAGGCUUCCUGAACAAGUACUUCGAGCACAGAUCGAUGCUCCUGCCGGACGUGUACAACUACAACGCGGUCGUGGCUCUAAGGAAUCAGAGCUUGUGGGAUGCGACCGAGCUUGGCUCCAUCGUGAUCUUCCAUCACACGAUCGCGAAGCCUUUCUACAGCAUCAUCGGGGCAGACCUGGCGUGCCUGGUCAACAACCACUACCACAUCUGCAAGAUCUGGAAGAAGAUCGACAAGCUCAACCUAACGGUGUCUCCUUCAAACUGA